AUGGAUUCAUCAGCUGAUUUGAAGGCAACGGUAUCAGAAGCACAUCCCGAGACAAUGGACUUCCUUUCCCGCGCUUGGUGUAACUUAGCAGUUGAAGCUUUCCAACCGGCAGAAUUACAAGAUUCAUCACUCCUCCGUCUCCAUCAUAACCUCAUCAUUACCAAAUUUGACAAGCAUCACACCAAAUCUCCUCUCCCGAAUAUCAUGGACAACACCGUAAAGAUGGGUGAUGCAGAUAGGUCUAUACCCCCGUGGAAAUCCAACGAUGUUAAGUCAUGGAUUUGGAUGCAACAAGCAAUGCAUCCCGAAUUAAACUACAAUACCUGCUUCCGAAAGAAAUGGCUGCCAUGGAAGACAGUUUCAUUUAGGCAUAUGAUGUCAAUCAAGAAAUGGUUGAAGGAGAUGAAACAGAAGAGGAAAGAAGAUGAGAGGCUGAAAAGAGCUGAAGUGCACGCAGCAAUAUCUGUGGCAGGUGUUGCGGCUGCACUAGCUGCCAUAGCGGCUGAAAACUCCUCCUCAUCCUCCAAACUAGUAUUGGACGAUUCCACCACCAAGGAAUCCACGGUGGCUUCCGCUGCAGCUUUGGUAGCAGCCCAGUGUGCACAAGUGGCCGAGGCUCUGGGGGCCAAGAAGGAACAGCUAAGCACUGUAAUAGGUUCGGCCAUGAGCUGCACAACUGCUGGUGAUAUCUUAACACUUACCGCCGCAGCAGCAACAUCAUUAAGAGGAGCUGCUACACUUAAAGCAAGAUCAGGAUGCAACAAUAGGUUGAUUAAUGGCAGCGUGCCGGUGCUUCCCAUACAGGACAAUGAUCAUUUUGACUUCAAUUUUGACAAGUGUAGAUCAAUUCUUGCCAAGGGCACCGAACUAAGCAUCCAAACCUCCGAUAAUGGAAGGUGCAUGUUGAGGUCAGUGUCUGUAACCCUAACCAGGGAAGCCAAGGUUAUUCUCAAAAUAAGGAAGCUCAACUUACUGAAUGCAUUUGCAAGAAAUAAGGAAAGCACUGUUCUGGACCUGCACGCGGAGCUGUAUAAGGAGGAGGAUUCACAAGGAGAAGAAAGUGAGGAGGACACAUGCUAUCUUAUUGUUCUAACCACAAAUGGAGGGAUGAUAAAGCUAGACAUGGGGGACGAUUAUCGGCGUUACAAGUUAUGGGCCACCACCAUUAAUCAAAUGCUCAUGCUUUCCACCUCAUUUACAAGCUAUCAUCAUCAACAACUUCAGUUUUUCAAUACUUAA